AUGUCCGACGUCAUUCUCCCCAUCGUCGACCUCGACGUCUUCCUUGCCACGCCGGAGUCGCCAGGAGCGACCAACGAGUGCAAGAAGGCUGCGGAUGCGCUUAUCGCCUACGGCGCCCUUCUCGUGCAUGAUUCUCGGGUGUCAGAGGAGGACAACUCCACUUUUCUCGACUUGAUCGAGGACUAUUUCGCGCAGCCGGAGGACCUGCUGAAGAGGGACGAGCGUCCCGAGCUAGGCUACCAGGUCGGUGUAACCCUUGAGAAUACCGAGAAACCGAAGUGCGCGGUAGACGAACCUUGUCUCAAGGUUAUUGAGCGUCUUGACCCUGCAGAACGUCCAUUGGACAUCACCGCCCAUUCGCCUGACCCCAAAUGCCGUUUCUUUUGGAAAAUGAGCGAGGUACCGCCUUACGAGACCAAAUAUCCAGGGCUUAACGCCCCCAACGUGAUCCCUGAGUCUGACGGAAUCCGCGAUCGGUGGACUCUCGCCAUGGAGAAAUGGGGGACCUCUAUGAAGAUAGCCGUGAACGACCUUGCCGAGAUGGCUGCGGUUGGUCUCGGCUUACCUCGUACAGCUUUCAGCGAUGCAGGCAAAUAUGGACCCCAUCUUCUUGCGCCGACUGCGUCCGACCUUGUUAAGUACGGCGCGAAGGACACCAUUCUCGCAGGUUUCCACACAGACUUGAACUUCCUCACCAUCCACGGCCGUUCUCGCUACCCGGGCCUCAACAUCUGGGCACGGAACAGCGGCAAGCGUAUCGCGGUCAAGUUUCCACUUUCUGGGAGGUAUCUUCUGGUCCAGGCCGGUAAACAGCUUGAGCACCUCGGCGGAGGACUGAUCAAGGCUGGCUUCCACGAGGUAGUCGUCAACGAUGCCACCCUUCAGGCCAUUGAAAGACGCAAGAUCGAGUUCCCCACACGGCCGCUCAUUCGCAUCUCAUCGACAUUCUUCUGGCACCUAUCGUCCGACUUCGACCUCGCUCCCAUGUCUGAGCUCCAGACUCGGGCUCGUCAGCUCAGGGCCGACACCAUCAACCUUGGGAAGGUGGAUCUCGAUGAGGAAACCGCGUACGAGCCCAUGAAAGUUGGUCAACAGGUUCAAAACGAGCUUCGCCACAUUGCUCUCAUGGCCUGA